GCCGGGCCACGGGGCCACCGGGCCACACGGCCACGCCAGUGCCGCCUGCCGCGAGCCGGAGCCCGAGCCGGAGCCGGAGCCGGGCGGGGCAGGCAGGGCAGCUCGCCUGGCUCCCACCAUGAGCGCUGAGCUCAGCGUGCCUGUGGACCCCUCCACCCCUGCCUGCUCUGAGCCUGGCCACAAGGGCAUGGAUUACCGCGACUGGGUCCGCCGCAGCUACCUGGAGCUGGUCACCUCCAACCACCACUCUGUGCAGGCCCUCUCCUGGAGGAAGCUUUAUCUGAGCAGGGCCAAGCUGAAGGCCUCCAGCCGGACCUCCGCCCUCCUCUCGGGCUUUGCCAUGGUGGCCAUGGUGGAGGUGCAGCUGGAGACGCAGUACCAGUACCCGCGGCCGCUGCUCAUCGCCUUCAGCGCUUGCACCACGGUGCUGGUGGCCGUGCACCUCUUCGCCCUGCUCAUCAGCACGUGCAUCCUGCCCAACGUGGAGGCCGUGAGCAACAUCCACAACCUCAACUCCAUCAGCGAGUCGCCGCACGAGCGCAUGCACCCCUACAUCGAGCUGGCCUGGGGCUUCUCCACCGUGCUGGGCAUCCUGCUCUUCCUGGCCGAGGUGGUGCUGCUCUGCUGGAUCAAGUUCCUGCCGGUGGACGCACGCCACCAGCCCGGCCACCCGGCAGGCCCCGGCGGCCACACGGGCUGGCAGGCCGCCCUUGUGUCCACCAUCAUCAUGGUGCCCGUGGGCCUCAUCUUCGUAGUCUUCACCAUCCACUUCUACCGCUCACUGGUGCGCCACAAAACUGAGCGGCACAACCGUGAGAUCGAGGAGCUACACAAGCUCAAGGUGCAGCUGGAUGGGCACGAGCGCAGCCUGCAGGUCGUGUGAGGUGCGGCCCCGAGGGCUGAGGCCACUGCGGCCGGCACAGAUCGCCUGCGUUUUGGAGCAUUUCAAAAAUGCAUAUUGCUAAAGAGGCUACCUACACACUGCCAGAUAGGUCAGGACCAAAGUUUUACUCCUGUCUUAAUGCUGUAAAACCCAGAUCAUUUUCCCUUAGAAAACGGAAAUCUUGAACUAAAUGAGAGACUCUGU